AAUAACAUUACUGACCUAAGAUGAAAUCAUGCACUGGAAAAUGGUUCAAAGUUGAGAUGGGAUAGGUAUUUAAGGGAAUUUAAAACAAUAUCUUGUAUCAUUUCUGCAUAUAGAAUAUAAGGGACACUAACUUUUGGAAUCAAUUUUUGGAAACAAGACGAUGGCAGGUAAAAAGAAAGUUUGUAUCAUUGGAGCAGGGCCUUGUGGUACCUCAGCAUUAUUUCACUUUGAUCAGAUCAGCGAUUCUUCGACGGAAGUCGUCUGCUACGAGAAAAGCGACACGUGGCUUGGACUUUGGAAUUUUACAUGGAUGACUGGUACUGAUGAAUUUGGAGAACCAUGUCAUGGCGGUAUGUACAAACAUCUAUGGUCGAAUGGUCCAAAAGAAGGUCUAGAAUAUCCGUAUUAUACAUUUACUGAUCACUUUGGAAAAGCAAUACCAUCGUUUCUUCCACGACCGGCUAUGAGAGAUUAUUUGGAAGGCAGGCUUGUCAAGAAAAGCAAAUCAGAUUUAAAGCGGUUUAUCAAAUGGAACACUUCAGUAAGAUAUGUGAGGUACAACAAAAAGGCAGAUGACUUUACAGUUACAACUGAAGAUCUUAAGACAGGCCAUACAGUCGACACCAAUUUCACACACGUGAUAGUUGCCGUAGGAAUAUUCAAUACCCCAGACAAACCAUACUUUGAAGGCAUCGAGACCUUUCCUGGGAGAGUAAUACAUUCACAUGACUUCCGUGACGCUACACAGUUCAAAGGUCAGCGUGUUUUGGUUGUUGGAGCAAAGUAUUCGGCAGAGGACAUAGCGUUGCAAUGUUUGAAAUUUGGGGCCAAAAGUAUUGUGACGUCGUAUAGAUCGAGUCCAAUGAAUUUUAAAUGGCCGGUUGGAAUUGAAGAAAGGCCAAUAGUUCAGACAAUUGAAGGCAAAGUGGUACACUUUCUUGAUGGCAGUUCUACUGAAGUUGAUUCAAUCAUCCUGAGCACUGGUUACAAGUACAAAUUCCCAUUCAUGGAGGAUAAUUUACGUUUGUCUUCAUCCCGUACUUUAUAUCCUACUAGCUUAUACAAGGGAUCCCUGUGGUUACAGGAAGGUAACAAGAAACUGUUUUACAUGGGAGUUCAGGACCAGUUUUUCUCUUUCACAAUGUUUGAUGCCCAGGGCCUCUGGAUAUGCAGGUAUAUAACGGACACGCUACCAAACAAACUAACCAAUUGUGACGAAAUGAAGAAAGAAGCACGGCAAUGGCUACAGAGGUGUAGAAACCUGAAAGGAAACAUUGAACAAAUUGAUUUUCAGGCUGAUUUUAUCAAAGAUCUGAGCGACGGAACUGGAUAUUCGCCCGAUGCACCUAAGGCAAAUAAAUUUUUCCACAAGUGGGAUAGCGAUAAAAAGGCGAAUAUUGUAACUUACAGGGACCAACAAUUCAAAUCGCUGUAUUCUGGUACUGAAACUGCUCCAUGCACCAAACCGUGGUUUCAGAAUUUUGACGAUUCAAUUAGCCAAUUUAUUAAGAGAUAGACUUAUUAUGUAUGUUCGACUUUCAUUGAAUGACAUACCCCAAACAUAUAAUAUGCCUAAACAGUGUAUACUUUUUAUAAUCCUGGUACCUUUAGUAACUAUUGGGAAUGCUUAGUUGUAUUUUAUUCUUACACUAUAAAAAGUAUGUUAAGCUUUAUAUUUUACAUUUUGACAACAUGCUUGAUUGUAAUACCAUAACAGCUUAGCUCAAGUAUUUUGUUUUUAUAAUAAUCAAGCAUUUGAUAAUAACUAAAUAAAAGCAUUUUCUAUAAUUUAGCCUUUAUUACAUCUUGUUAAAGAAAUGAUAUAUCAAAAACAUCAAAUGAUGUGGUAAAACUUUUUAAUAUCACAAUUUAUCGUCGUCACAUUGUCUGUUUCUCUCAACUCAUCUCUUAAUAAUAGUUAUCAAAGGUAUCAGGAUUUAAUUUAGUACACAAGACGCGCGUCUCGUCUACAUAAAACUCAUCAGUGACGCUCAUAUCAAAAUAGUUUAAA